GCGGCGCAGGGAAACGAGGCGGCCAAUCCGCCAGUUGGGCUGACUGGGGAGCGUCGAGAGGGAAGCAAGCGGACUGCCGGCAGCCAGAGGCGGAUCAGCUCGGCACCUGUGGCGGCUAGAGCCGAGUUUCUUGAGCAAGUCCCUGGGGCUGCUGUGUGAUGCCACCGCCCGGGCAGGAGCGGGUGGUGCCUGUGCUGGGGGCGCGUUGCAGAACCCUCUACCCCUUCUCCGGAGAGCGACAUCGGCACGGACUGCGCUUCGCUGCGGGCGAGCUGCUUACCGUCCUCCAGGCGGGGCCCGACGGCGGUUGGUGGGAAGGGGAGACGGCCGAAGGGCUGAGGGGCUGGUUCCCGGCCAGCUACGUCCAGCUCGUUGAGAAACCUAGGAAGGUCAUUCCUCAAGUUGGAGAAGAUUCUCAAAAUGGUCAUCUUCCACCUGGCUGGCAAAGUUAUAUGUCUCCUCAGGGGCGAAGAUAUUAUGUGAACACCUUCACCAAUGAGACUACUUGGGAGCGACCAAGCAGUGUUCCGGGAACUCCAAAGAAUUCUGUGAGCCAGAAGAACUCCUUGCCUACAGUGAACGGAUAUCACAUACCAGGCACGUUGGCAUCCCAGCUAGAGCCAAGCCACAUGAGUCUCCGCAAAAUCAGCAGUGACCCUCAGAGUCCUGGGUCUCCAUCACCUACUCGAAAGCAAAAUAAGGAGAACACCUUUACGAUAAACUGUGUGACUUUUCCCCAUCCUGACACAAUGCCAGAACAGCAGUUGCUAAAACCUUCUGAAUGGAGCUACUGUGAUUAUUUCUGGACUGAUAAGAAGGACCCCCAAGGGAACAGUACAGUCUCGGGAUUUGAAAUUCUUCUGCAGAAACAACUGAAAGGGAAGCAAAUGCAGAAAGAAAUGGCAGAAUUUAUUCGGGAAAGAAUAAAAAUUGAAGAAGAAUAUGCCAAGAACCUAUCUAAACUAUCACAGAACUCCCUGGCUGCCCAGGAAGAAGGGACACUUGGCGAAUCUUGGUCUCAGCUAAAAAAAAGCAUGGCUGAUGAAGCAGAGGUUCAUCUUAAAUUUUCCUCUAAGCUCCAGGCAGAAGUGGAGAAACCACUACUCAACUUCCGUGAAAACUUCAAGAAAGAUAUGAAAAAGUAUGACCAUCAUAUUGCUGAUUUGCGAAAACAGCUGGUUAGUAGGUAUGCAGCAGUGGAAAAGGCUCGAAAAGCAUUAACAGAGAGGCAAAAGGAUUUAGAGAUGAAAACACAGCAGUUGGAGAUAAAACUGAGCAACAAGACAGAAGAGGAAAUUAAAAAGGCCAGGCGGAAGUCUACUCAAGCUGGAGAUGAUCUCAUGCGUUGCGUGGAUUUGUAUAACCAAGCUCAGUCAAAAUGGUUUGAAGAAAUGGUAACCACCUCUCUGGAACUUGAGAGGCUAGAAGUCGAGAGGGUGGAAAUGAUUCGGCAGCACCUUUGCCAAUAUACACAGUUGCGACACGAGACAGACAUGUUCAACCAAAGUACAGUGGAACCUGUGGAUCAGUUGCUUCAGAAAGUGGAUCCAGCCAAAGACAGAGAACUGUGGGUAAAAGAACACAAAACCGGUAACAUCAGACCUGUGGAUAUGGAGAUAUAGACUUCCGUGACCAGGUGGGCUUUUGAGUCCACCCAGCUCGAGGGAUUUCCAUACAGCUUCAAGAGGAGGAACAGGAGAGAUGUUCCACUGUCAGCUUCCGUAUCUAUUUAUUAUUGUCUGUAGGGACUAUUUCUGUCAUGUUUGAUCAUUAUUCCAUUCUUAUAUUGCUAUGCCUUAAACAUCCAACAUUCCAGGGUUGAGAAGCUGCUCUUUUUCCUUCUUUUUGAAACUGGCUCCUAGUAGCCAAGCACGUGCAGCUCCCAGGAUCCAUGGGUCUGUUUGCUGGUACAAAAAGAAUCUUGCUAUUCUGUGGUUAUCUAUUUUGUGCUGCUCCCCUUGCAUGAUGCUCUGUUUUGUACUGUAAUGUUAAGACACAAAUAAGGCUGUGCCAAACCUAUGGACGGAUGAGUUUGAAUGUGAUUCUGGAAGCAGGGAGAUCCUCCUGAAUGUUCCCACUAAAUUAGGUGGGAGUGGGGAGGUGGUUUUAAAGCCCCCUCCCACCUCCUCUCCCACCUACACUUUAUGAAAUGGAAUUCAUAAUGCUUACCUACCUCACAGGGAUGUUGUGAGGAUAAUAUCUGUGUAGAGUGUUAUGUUUUAACAACCAUUGUCUCCUAUAACUGCAAAUACUAUUGCAAGGCUAUUGAAAAGGCUUUUUUGAGUAAAGAAAAGGAGGCUGUGGGUCAGGAGACAAUGUACCCAAAGAAAAAUGCUUGGGUUGGCCCCCUUUUAUACUGUCUCAGGUACUUAACUGGCUGCAGUCCUCAAGCUACUUGUGAUUUUUUUGACUUCUCCAGGAUCUGCAGAAACGAUCAGAGAAUUGGAACCAUUGACACACACACACACACACACACCAAUAGAAGAAUAGCACUUUCAAGACACAGACAGUUGCCUCUUGUCAUGUGUGCUUCAAGAGCCUUUGGAAGAGUGCAAGAAACCAAAUUCAAAGUGUAUCUCAAAACUGCAAAAUAACCUACAUGAGUGUUAGGUUAUUUAGAGGGUAGGAUCUUGCCUCUGCCAAUAUGUCUUCCCUGAUUUCCAAUUUUGUGCUCAUGUCACAGAGAUCCCUGCAUUGAUGACACAGCAAAAUUCAAGUGGAACUUGGGUACGGGGGAAGUUUUUGCAAGCCUUUGGCUCUUGAGUUCCCACACUCUGGCAGCUAUUUUUUUAAAAAAAGUGUUUUAUUUUAUAACAGAGUUCAGGCCAUAUUAAGUCUAAUUAUAAAACUAUCAGAUGGUCAAAAAUCAGCACAAGUGAGUUAAGAAGUGACUAUAUGAAUCCAGCCAAAGAUGCAUUAUACAGCUACAUAUUUUCAGAAGUGCAGCUAUUUAUGAUGGUACUACAAGGCCUUAUCAAUUGAUCCUGAGCUCCUGUAUUUCAGAAACUGUUGGGGAAAAACCACCAUGUUCUUUGUUCCCCUCCUUUUUUCAUUUGUCUUGCAAUGGUGUUUGUACAGGACAAAUAUUUGCUUCAGAGCUUUAAUUUUUUUUGUACUGCCAAGUAUUUUGUUUGAACAUGUGUCACAAACAUCUACUAUUCAUUUCUUUAUUUCUUAAAUCUUUUUUUUUUCCUGGAAUGCAUUUGUCAGUUUUUUGACCAGACUUUCCAUCAGCACUAUAACUCUUGUCCUUUCUAUUUUCAAAGUAACGAUUUUAACUUUAACUACAGAAGUGUAAUAUAGAUAACCUGAGCUUCUUAAAUUUAAAAACAUAUAGGAAGAAAUUUGGGAAAAGAGAUGGCAUUGUUUUUGCUGGAUUAUUUGCUGCUUACAUUAUUAAAUACAGUAUGAAGAAAACUGGCACACAAACUAUUCCAGUUAAUUACCACUCAAAUGUGCCCUCAUUUGAUUGAUUCUCUUCCCUUUCCCUUUCCCUUUCCCUUCGGCUUGUUUUCUAUUAUCAACAAAAUCCUCUUUUUUCAUCUCCAAGGGCAUCACAGGUUUAUAAUAAAAAUAUAUAUUUUGUCUUUUCCCAAGAAGCUGACUGUCAAGAUUUGCAAAAAGUACAAUUUAUCCUGCUGGUAUGUGUGAGUACAUUAAGGUCUGGAUCAAAAACAAUAUAAAAAUAAUUUCUAAGGCAUCUAUUCAAUACCUUUCCUGUUUUGAAGCUUGUGAUAUUUCAGUAUUCCUUGCAACCUUUCUCUAACUGUUUUCAGAACUUCUCUCAAUUGCUGCCCAUUGAUUUCUGGGCUUUUUCUGUUUUCCAUACUUGAUACUGUUUAACUAUAUGUUCUUUUGAUAAAAUGGACUGCAAUUCUUUGUACAUUCCACUGUAACUUUCUUCACGAUCAUCAAGCAAAUUGCUCGUGGCAUAUUACGAAAAUUGCUCUUUCCAAAUUGUAUUUUAAGAUUCCAGUUUAAAUCUGAUUGAAUUUAAAAUAUCCGUCUUAUUUUUCUAGAUAAAAAAAUAGUCAAAGCACCUUAAUUGUAAAUUUAAAACACUGCCUGGAUCCUUUGGUUUUCAUAUAUUUGCUGUUAGUUUCUAUAACUAACAAUCGUCUUUUUUUUUUUCUAUAUCUUUCAUGAUUAUCUUACCCAUUACUUUGCUUUUCUAUUUUCUUCUUUCACUGAAAGCUCCAGUGAUUGCUGAUGGCAAAAUGUAAUUUGAUUGCAGAAAAAUCCCCAAGAUUUUACAGAAACUUCAGUGGUGGGUUGCUACCGGUUCGCACCGGAUCAGGCAAACUGGUAGCGGUGGGAGGCUCUGCCCGCCCAUCCGGACGCUUCUGCGCAUGCGCUUCAUGCGCAAGUACGCACGCGCCCACGAGCGAACCGGUAGCGACAGGUUUUGAAACCCGCCCCUGAGAAGCUUGUAAAUAGAUUCGUAGGUCUCUGGCUGUAAUUAUUUCAAAUACUACAGUCUAUUUCCCUGACUGUAGCUUAAUCUAUGUUUCCUUUCAAGUUCUAUGUGUCUUUUAAACAUUAUUAUUUUAUAUGAAGGAUGAAAAUACACAUUGUUCACCAGACUCAUUUUUGUGCUCCCCAGGGUUUGGGUGAAAAGAUUGGAACCAUUUCUAUGUCUUUGGGGAAUUUGAGCUAAUAAGGGCCAACAUGAGGGAUGUAAGCCUUGCAAUUGCUUAAGAUGCUAAUUUCACCACUUAAAACUCCUCAGGCCACCAUGGUUUUGGUACUUUUCGAGUUCAGCAGCCUUCAACGUGUCAUACAAAGCUCAGAUGCUCUCAGUCUCAUGAUAGCAUUCCAUGCAAUUUAUGGCAAUCAUGCAGUCAUUCCUGUAUGGCCAUGAUUAAUAUAACCAUGGGGUGAUAGCGAGAUAGGAAAGAACUUGAAGAUCUACUUAAAACAUCUGUUAUUUGGGAUCCCUUACAGGUGAUCCUCCACCUCUGACCACAAGUGAGCUGAAAAUUUCCCCUGCUAAGCGAGACAUUUGUUAAGUGAGUUUUUGACCCAUGUUAUGACCUUUCUUGCCACAUUUGUUAAGUGUAUCACGGCAGCUGUUAGGUUAGUAACAUGGUUGUUAAGUAAAUCUUCCCCAUUGUCUUUGCUUGUCAGAAGGUCACAAAAGGGGAUCACAUGACCUCAGAAUACAGCAGCCACUAUAAAUAUGAACCAGUUGCCAAACAUCUGAAUUUUGAUCAUACACACAUAGGGAUGCUACAACUGUUGUAAGAAUGAAAAAUGGUCAUAAGUCACUUUUUUCAGUGCCAUUGUAACUUUGAUUGGUCACUAAAUGAACUGUUGCAAAUCGAGGACUACCUGUAGUUAUUUGAAGGAAAGUAACCACCAAUCCCUUUGUUUUGGCUUGGUAGAAGUCUUUUAGCCAGCUUUCUUCAGAACCAUUGAGCUUUCAAAUUUAUUUGGCCCAUCAGACUCAAAUCACCGGUGCUACUUUUAGUAUUCUUUUUCCAUUCCUUUUUUGUAGGACAAGAUAUAACUCACUUGAAUGUUCUUGUUGAAGUUUUCUUUCACCAUGGAAAGCAGUUGUGGGUGAAACCUGCAUAUUUUCUCUUAAGCUUUACUCUUUGGAACAUUCCACUGCUCAGUUGCAUUCUGAUUUGUGUUUUGGACUGGUGAUAUGUCUACAUCUAGAUUUCCUUGAGUCCAAAAGGUAGAAUGAGAAAGCCCAUAUAUUAGGGACACAGAGGGAGAAGAGGAUUAGCAUGUCAGACCUGUGAGACUCUUUUUCUGUUUUUGAAGUUCAACACCUCACUGCCUUUUAAAUGUGCCUGUUAUUACCCUUUUAUAUUGCAAUGCAUUUGCCACUGGGUUGUUUUUUUCCUUUGCAAAUCUUACUCACUGCAUUCCUAUUACAUGACAUUUUGGUAUGACUUACAAUUGUGGGAUGAUUUGCAAGUGUACUUUGUGCCUUUCGCUUCACGGAAUGUUUAUAUCCGUUCAUAUUUAGCUUGGAUGUUCAUCAGAUUAGCCAGACAUUUACAACUUGAUUUUGUUUAAUGUGGUUUCUAGCUGCUUAAUCUCUCUUAAUUACAUAGCUCCCAUUCCUUAAAACACUCCCAAUGCUCAAGAUUUGAUUUAUUUUCCUUUCAGGAUUCAAAAGAUAGUAAUGCUUUGUGAAAUUGUCUUUCUAACCAAGUAUUUUAGAGAGAAAAAUAUUAAGAGAGAAUUGCAUUUUUUUUCCCAAAGGAAGCACUUUGGAUUACUGAAAUAGAAGUGCAAUAUUUGGCAUAUUUUUGGUUCCAUGUCACUUUAGAGAUGAAUGCAAGCAUAGAUCAACAAUGUAAUGUUGUAGUAUGAAGGACUUCUUAUUUAAUAUUGUGACUCUGCCACUCUUUUACCUCUCCAAUCAUGAUUACAUGUUCACUGGACAUAGUCUGUUCUCACUAAACUAUUUGGAGGGUUCCUUCCCAAAGUUUUGCUAUAAAUAUCUUUGCAAACUUUUACAAACUUUGAGGCUCCCGUGACUCUAUUGGUGCUCCUUUCAUGAAAAUAGAUGGUGGCAUUUUAUAUAAGGAUUGGCAUUCAGAGAAUUGAGAAACCACCUCAUAUAUGACAAUGUUCUUUACAGAUUUUGUAGCAUCUGAAUAGAAAGUAGUAUUUUGGGUUCUGUUUGGAUUUUCAUCCUGUAUUAUCUGCCCACAAUGAGUAGCUGAUCCUUAUUAUGUUAUUUUGCUGACUAGUUAGUAUCUAGCUUGUUCACAAUGCUUGUCAGUGUGAUUUGUCACAGAUCAGAUCUGGAGCACACAGUUAGUUUGGUUCUUCAAAUCUACUGACCACAGCAAAUCCUCUGCAAUGUAAUCUCGGUUCUGUUCUCUUGUGAGCUUCAUAAUAUAACAAUACACCUCUGCUUUUCUUACUUUAAUAUUGCGUCUCUCUUGUGAAUGGGACUGAGCAGACUUAACAUUGAAUUUCCAAUUCUGAAUUCAGUGAAGGAAGGUCAAAAAUAGGUAUGGUUUCUCUAUUUAUAAGUUUCUUUAAAUUAUUUCUGUUUUAAUACAGGUAGAAAGCCUAAGCAAAUAGGUUUACCUUUUCUUAGUGCAACCCUACCUGCUCUUCAGAAUUACAUUCUCCUGUAUCGGAAUUGAACUCAUCUUUAAGAGAGCAAUAUCUACGGCUCAUAAGAAAGGAAAAAGUAACAGUGUUGUUGUUAAAUUAAUGACACAGCAUGCUGAAAUUCCAGCUGUAAGAUGCACACCUUUGGAGGCACCCAGAACCUUUCUUUCUUAUGCUUUUAAGGCACUGUCCUCCCAGGCUAAUAAAAGUAUAAAAAAGUUCAAAUUCUAUGCACACCUCUCUCUUUCCCCUCAUCCCCUGCAGCAGGGAUGAAGAUUCUUAUUAAGAUUCUUAAAUCUUAUCAAGGGGCAUUUUCUUCUAUCAGGUUUUUCUGCACACAACAAACAUUUCUGCUCUGUUUAGCCCAGGCCUAUGGAGGAAUGGCAAGUAAAGCCAACUACUGCCUGCCGUCAAAGAAAAUGCAAGUUUCUUCUAGACUUUGAUGGGCACUGACUGUAGUCAACUACCAUCACAGUUGCUUUCUGCUGGCAUGGUGAGUCUCCAUUCUGUUACUAACCCAGGGUUGGCUGUGAAAGUGGCAGAGAAAGGCCAUCAUAAAAACAGCUUUAAGUUUCCAUCUUUCAAGAAAAUUGAAAGAAAGGAAAGUGACAGAUAAGACCAAUGUCUCAGAAUAGCCAGAUGAAUUUUUUUAAAAAAAAAAAAAGUCAUUCUGUGGAUAACACAAGAGAAAAAUAUCCCAAGCAAUUAACUCAUGAAGGAGUUUGGAUUGAGCUAUUUAAAUAUCAAAUUGAUUAAAAGAAAAUGUUUAGUAAAUAAAUGGGAGAUAUGUGUCAAUCAGUAAGUAGUUGAAUUAGCUUUUUUCUGUACAGUAUUUGCUCUUUUUGCAGGAAUUGGAAUGACAAACCUGUAUUACUUGCCCUGUUUUGUUCAGAUUUUCCUCUUCAUAUUCAGAAAUAGCCACUCUCACAUUCAAGAUUAUAACAAUUGUUCUAAAGUUAUUUUUGAGAGAAACCAAUAUUAGGAUACCUUCUGAUCCUUUUUCCCCCUCAUAGAUUUAUUUGCAAACAUUUGAAAUUUAGAAAAUAGAUGUUUAGAUAAUUAAUAUAUUAAUGGUCAUGUACGCAAAGAAUCAACAAUAUAUUUGCAUGUGUUGUGAUGCCUCUGAUUUGUUACCACUCAAAUAUGGAGGAUGUUGUACAAAGCAAGUCACUGAUGGCCACAGUGGAAAAUUAACAUUUGAAACACCCUCCUAAGACUUUUUAGAUUGUAAUUCCAAUGGCAGGUAGAGUUGGUUUUUUUCAAUGCCUAAAGGAAUUUGGUGUCUCCACUGAAACAUUGAUUUGAACCCAAUCUUUCAAUUUUCAAUCAGUAUUAUAGUGUCCCUGGCUAAGAAAGCUACUUGAAGUAUUUUUAAAAGUUACUUAAACAUUGCAUCAUAUGCCUCUAAAUAGACAGAUGAAAUGGGAUCAUCUGGAAUGCUGUUGUGCUUUUCUUCUGACAGCAGGACGAACAUUUAGUUAAAGACAAUUUUCCCAUAUAAAAAAUGGGAUUAAAAGCUUGCACUUCAAGUAUUUUGAUGGAAAUUUCUAUACACCAUGUAUAUUUACAAGAUUUAUCCAUUGAAAAGCUGUAGCUUCUUUCAAAGAACCUUGGAGUUAAUAGUUUGGUGACAACAUUUCAUUAGAGAUUUUUAACUUCCUGUUCAGAAGCAUAGUUUCCAGAGCCACCAGAAGAGAAGAAGUAUUUACUGGGAUAAUUUAGGAGUAUAGUUAUGAACGUUAAUACCAGUGCUUGUGUAGAUAAUGUGGAUAAGGAUAUGUGAAUAGUGUAAAUAAAUAAAUUUUAUGCAGUCCAAUACCUUGAAUUUUUUUUCUGUCCACCAGUAAGAUAUUCUUUACUUUGCUAAUGUUUUGCCAAAGCAUAGCAAAGAAUUAUUAUGGGUGUUAUUUCUGCUGAAAGCAGCUGGAAAAAUAGCUAAAUAUAUUGAAAUAAGCCCAAAGAUGCAGACAUGAUUUUUUGGCCCUAGCAUUUAUCAAAAUAAAUUUUAAACUUCAGAGACAUAGCAUUCACAGGAAAAGACAAGAAGAGCUAUGUGAAGCUUAGUUGGGAAUUGGAUUUAAUCAUUCUUUGAAUUGUAGGAUUCAGUUCAGUUUCAGUUGCUUUGAGAUCAGUUCUAGAGUUCCAUGGGCUUUUGUGCAAAGUUAAAUUGAAUUGAUGAUUCAGAUUGAACUGACCAUUUGAAACAAAUCAUGGAUAACUUGCACAACGCUCUCAAAUCAUUCUUAGCAACUUGAUGGGCAUUUGCUAUUAAGUGUAGUCUUGCACACUAUAUAUAUUGUACCAGGAGGUGGCACUACCACAUGGCAUCUAAUGUUGCCAAUGCUAGAUGGAUUUUCUUGCUUACAGUUUCUGUAACUUUCAUUUGCUUUUCAUCUAAGUAUGUCAACAAAAAACGUUUGUAACCCAAAAUGGAUGUGAAACAUCUUCAAAGAUGUCUUGGCAGUUUGCCACUAUCAUUUCCUGAAGGCAUGGCAAUAAUAGCUAUAAAAGAAGAGUAGUAUAUCCUUGUUAGUUUGAUAUUUUCCAAUGCAGGAAUCUUAUAGGUUUCUGUUUCUGAGUCAAUGAAGUUUUCUGAUUAUGUUUAUAUAUACGUUAGCUACUCAAAGUAUUUAAUUCAUUUUUUAGGAUGGUGGGUGGCAUCUUUUCAACCCUCUAGCUAGACAAGUGCUGAAAUGCAUUCUCUAUUCAUGUACCAUGAUUUGUUUGCUAAAUCUGUUGAUGGACAAUACACAAUAAUUUCUCAUCAAGUUUAUAUAUAUUACACUAAGACGAGAUUAGAUAACCUGCAGACCUUGGUCUCCUUCACACUUUACUUUACUUUAUUGAUUAGCCCUUGGGCCAUAUCAAAGUGCAAAGUUCCAGACACAAAUUAUUACUAAAAUCUGAUAAAAACAAUUUAAAAUGGAAUUGAAUAAAAUACAGUUUAAAAUGAAAUUGGGAUGAAAUGAAAUUUUAUCACCAUGAAAUGCUAAGGAGGCCAAGUGGUCAUUUUAGCAUAUCAUUAAAAUUGGGUAGCAAAGUGGCCAAAUUUCAUUGUGAUUCUUUGGGUUAUUUUUCUUGUUUGGGAGAGAUUUAAGAAUAGGAAUGGUAGUGGUUGCUUUCCAAGGUUCUCUGGUCAUUAAAUAGACAUACUAGCCCAAACAGACCAAAAUAUUUCAACCUCUAACCUGAAUUGUGGCUCCUGAACUUUUAGAAGUUGUCACAUCUGCACUAAGCUUUAAUGUCAUUUGUUUUAUUUGGCUUAGGUGUUCCAAGGGGCCCAUUUUUUUGUGUUUUAAAAAUAUGCUUUUUAUUUUUAUAUAUAUAAAAAUAUAAUACGAUGUGUGAACUUGUGUGUGUGUGUGUUUUUUAAAAAAAGAAGCCUGAUUAAAACAAAAAUAGAUUAGCACGUUAUAUGUGAUUGCAUUGAUCUUGACAUAUUCUUAUAAUAGAGUCAAAUAUGGUUUUUUGCUAAAAUUCAGAUGCCAAUUAUGAUGUUUUAAAAUGAUUUGUUUCAGUCCUGUUCAUGUCAGUGCAGAAACAUGUUCUAUUAUAUUUUCCUGAAUAUAGAUGAAUGGGAUUAUAACUAGAGACUUUAGAGAAUUUGCACUUGUGAGGUAAAAAUCCACUUUGUGAAUUUUAAUAGAACAUUUUUUUUUAGAGAUUUAACAAUAAUAAAGUAUUAGGUGUAGACUUCAGCAUUUUUUUUACAACUGGUACACAUCAUGCUUAACCAGCAAACUCCAAGCUUGGUGAUCUUAGAUCCAAACAGAUACUGUUUACAAAUGAUUCUGCUUAUUACCUGUUUUUUUUUUUCUUUCAAAGAAAUGUUUAUGGAAGGUGGUUUGAAUCAAUUAUAUUAGAUUUUUUUGAAUUUAUAAAGGAACAUAGGUCUUUGUUAUGCUAUACAAUGAUCUUUUGAACUGAAAACAUUAAAUCAAAUCUAGAAAAAAAAGAGACCAUCUUCAAUGUUUGAGUACUUGGUAGUAGUCAUUACUAUGUAGUAGCAAUAACAUUGGUUGCUGAACAAGCAAGUGAAAAUGGUUGCAAUCAAAAACUUAGCAAGAUGAAUUUAUAACCCAUUACAAUUAGCAAAACCUAAACCCUAUGCACAUUUACUACUCCUAGGCAGUAAACAUUAUUUCCAUUUAAGUGUUCAUAGGAGCCAUCAUCAUGCUUAAUAUGUGUCCGUUGCUUUUGAAAUAGGGCAAAUAAAAACUUUAUUCAUUUCUGAAACUAAUUUUCAUGAGAAUCUAUUUUUCAUUGCUUUUCUCUAAAUUAUCUAAAUUUGCAGUAUAUCCCUGAUAUCAGAGCAGUUCGUUUUACUCAUACAUGUAUUUCCAAAUGUUUUAGACUUAACACAAGCUAUAGGUAUAAACAAAUUUGGAUAAUAUAUUCAUUUUCAUUAUCCCAAAUAAUUGUUUUUCAAAUAUAUUAGCUUGGGAGGAUAGAUUUGGCCAGCCACCAACUCUCCUCCAAGGCAGAUUUUUAUAACAAAAUAAAAUAAAAUGGCAUUGCCUAUCUGGUAUUUUUAUUCUCUACCCUUUUACUAAACACUUUCUAAUUUUUUACAAUAAAAUAUGUCUUUUGCCAGCGGUAAUGGCUUUGAGUUUCAUAAUACUUUACUGCUGAUUUUUGGCGAACUACAUAUAGAAACUUAAUUCUACUAUAAGCCCUCUGUAUUAAUAAUAGCAAUGAGUCUUUAAUCAUUUUGAACAAUGUUAUAUGGCUUUUUGUCCCAUGCAAUUGUAUCAUUAAAAUACUGUGGCUGAAGAGGUAAAUGCUUGUUAAGAUUCAAGGGAAACUUUGUUGGUUCAGGUAUGUCUCCUGUGUGUUAAUGUCAAUGGAGUUGCACUGAUUUACCCCAGCUAAAGAUCUAUCCUUUAAAUGUUGAAAGUAUUUGCUAUAAAAAAUUGUUUUAUGUACAAACAUUUCCAUAAACUUUGUAUUUUCUUCCUAUUUUAGCAAAUUUGUAUUAUGCACUUGAAAAGCUUUGUCUCAUCUCAUGUAAAAUAAACUGUACAGUCCAUUAAA